AUGAUGGGAAGUUGGCCCAGCAGGGAGAAAAGCCUGCCCACAAGCUCCAGCACCAUCUCCUCUGGUCCAGUCCAGGGAUCUGUGUCCACACAAGCAGAGAGAAGCAAGGUCACAGCGGUGGCCCUGGGCAGUUUUCCAGCAGGUGCACAGGCUGGACUGUCUCUGAGACUUGGGGAGCCGCUGACCAUCAUCUCUGAGGAUGGAGAUUGGUGGACAGUCAUAUCGGAAGUCUCGGGGAGAGAGUACCACAUCCCCAGUGUGUACGUGGCUAAAGUCUCCCAUGGAUGGCUGUAUGAGGGUCUGAGUCGGGAGAGAGCCGAGGAACUGCUCUUGUUGCCUGGGAACCCCGGAGGGGCCUUCCUCAUCAGAGAGAGCCAGAGCAGGAGAGGCUGCUAUUCCCUGUCCGUCAGACUCAGUCGCCCAGCAUCUUGGGACCGGAUCAGACACUACAGGAUACAGCGCCUCGACAACGGCUGGCUGUACAUCUCACCACGCCUCACCUUCCCCUCGCUCCAGGCCCUGGUGGAUCAUUACUCAGAGCUGGCAGAUGACAUCUGCUGUGUGCUAAAGGAGCCCUGUGUCCUGCAGAAGCUUGGCCCACUACCUGGCAAAGAUAUACCUCUACCUGUGACUGUGCGGACGGCAUCACUCAACUGGAAAGAGCUGGAUAGCAGCCUGCUGUUGGAAGCGCCUGCCAGUGGGGAGGCAUCUCUUCUCAGUGAAGGGCUCCGAGAAUCCCUCAGCUCCUACAUCAGCCUCACUGAGGAUAACUCCUUGGACGAUGUCUAGUCCAAACAGAAGUCAAAGGGGAACCCAGGACCCCAAUCCGGUAAAACCUGAAGAAGCACCCUAGAGGCAAGGCUGGGAUGCAGGUACAUCCAGGGUCUCACAUGGACCUUCUGCUCCUUCCUCUCAAGUUGUAAGAAGUCAUUAUCUUCCUCCCAAGGCCUCAACCCUGCCUACAAUUUCUAGUCUAUGUGCAUCGCAAUUCAAGGCAGAGCCAGGCCUCUACAGAGUAAAUUACUUCUGAGGUUUGGUGUUCCUAGGAAGGAUGUCCAUUACGACUGCUAAUCAGCCCGACAAAAAGGCAGAGAUCACCACUAGCAUAAGGAGAGAAAAACUAUUAGGGAAAUUUACAAGACUCAUUAAGAAUGCAAACACAUCUCAGACGGUAGGAUGGCUCAAAGCAAAGACAAAGACAGGCAGAGCACAUGAUGGCUUAACACAGCAGCCAUCAUCUUACCCCCAAGCAGAGCAAGACCAACAAUUUAGAUCUUCCCAUGAUCCCUCACAUCAAGUCCCUUGACAGCCAAACUCUCAGAUCUCUACUUCAGUGUUCACCCACAGCCCAGCCAUACCCUAGUGCUGCCAUCUGGUGGCCAGACACAAUAUGACACCUUUUAAGUCCCACCUAUCUCAGUGCUGGGCCAGAACAUCAGGUAGUAGACCCUCUCAGCACUGUUAAAGCCAAAGCAGUAACCCUUACCAACUCCAGCCCCUUGUUUCCCUGACAGCCACAAAGAGAAAGAGGCCUGACUGAAGCAGCUAUGGGAACAGAGGGAGGAGGAAAGCCGAGGCUCUGU